UGUCAAUUCGCUGUUUAAGACCGAUAAGCGCGCAGUGUUUGUGUUUGAUUGGAGGAAAGCAAAAAGCAAGAAAAAAGAAAAAUAAAUUUAUUGCUAGAUUGUGGGUAACGAUUUUCGUUCUUCGAUAACUACACCCGAUAUGGUUAGACGCUAGAAAUCGAUGAAAUUGUGAAAAAAAAAAUUACAAAUUUUCUUGCCAAAAAAUCUCACUCGAAAACUGUUGCUCUAAUGACCGUACAUCGUAAAUGUCGGAACGGCGUAGAAUAUUCAAUGAACAUUUCAUUCGUGUAUUUUGUGUGAAAAAAUGAACGUGAAAUUGCUAUUUUUAUUAAAAAGAAAAUUGUUGCUGGGUGUUGUAUCAGUGUGAAUCAGAACUGCAGCUGGAGCCCAUAAUGGUGGCUCUAGGCCAAUGUGUGCAGUAGCAUCCGCCCACGAGACAUAAUGCCUUUGUACAAAAUAAUGAGAAUAUCAAAACGAAAGUCAACUUCAACAAAUCUGAAUGAUAAGAUGCAAUCAUCUGAAGACAUACAACAUAAUCAUAAUCUAAUAGAAUGUAAUUUUAAGUACGACAUAAAUUCCUUCUUGGCUUCGCCAUCAAUAUCAUUCGAUAAACCGACAAAGUUAAAUCUAAUCGUUGCUGACGACCAUGGUGUUGAUGAUGAUAGUGAUAAAAAUAUAACCGAAAAAACCAACAAUAACACAAAUACCGUUAAAUAUUUAAAUCUGGCUAUACCAAAUUGUUGUCCUUAUGAUAACGAUAUCGUUAAUGUAACAACUGGUGGUGAUCAAUUUAUUAAUUAUUCAAAUAAUCAUAACAUUAAGUGUAAUCUAAAUAAGAUAAAUUUAUUCAUAAUCAGUAGUGUAAACACUAAGAUAAAAGUUAAUUUAAAUUCUUUAACGCUCCGUGACGAACAAAUGACGAAAAUCGGUUGGGCUAACGAUUUUCCGCGCAUUUGGCCGAUUGAUUUUAUUGGCGGAGCAACAUCUGUGAUAAAUAGCUCAAAAACUGAGACUCUUCUGGGGGGAUUAUCUCCGUCCGUAGAGGGCCUUGGCGUCUUGUUGCCCCCUGUUCAUAUGCAUAUUCAAAAUAUGCAACGUACUACGCCCAGCCACAUUGGAUCUUCCAGUCGCAAUAUCCUGACCUUGAUUACUCUAAACAAAAAUCAAAUACCUUAUUUAGUGAAAUUGAUGAUUUACAAAAAUUCAGACGAAAAUGAAUUGGCAAUUUUCAAUUCCUCGAAUACCAAUGUUACAAAAAUACUGGUGAUGAACAACAAUGAUAAUAUUAUGGAUGUGGAUGAUAAUUUCCGAGAUAAUAUUUGGAUUAUGGCUGUCGAUAAAUUAUUAGUGGCCAGCAACAAUUACACUAGCGGUAAGAUAUAUUUAUGUAUUAUAAAUGGAUGCGAUUAUCAUGAUUACGAUAAUUGUAAAUGGCAAUUACUUGAUCGUUAUUACUUGAUGUCUGUGAGCAGAAAUUCAUCUGUACUAUUACUAUUUAUGCAAUGUGUUCCAGAAAAACAAAUAUCGAUUAAUUGUUACUCAUUAUGCUAUAGUUAUGAAUCCUUAAACGUUACCGAACCAAUAAAUUUAGUGAUGAUAUUUAAUGAAAUGGAAAUUCUUAAUUUAAAAUUAAAUAAAAUUUCUUAUAAUAAUUAUGAAUAUAAUAAUAACGAUGAUGAUGAUGAUAACAAUGAUGAUGAUGAUGAUAAUUUUAACGAUGAAAUAAAUUUGAUGCUAACGAUGACGACUAAAUUGAUGUUGGAUGAAGGAAUAUCAUCAAUGCAACGGAAAGAUAAACAAUUUGAUAAUAAGAAAAUAUUUAUAAACAACAACAAAAUGGCGGCCACUUUAACAUUUAUUUUUACUAAUAAUAUUGAUGAUGAUGAUGAUUAUAAACCCAUGAUGAUUACUGCAAUGAACAAUAAUAAUAAUGAUUAUGAUGAUACAACUAACGGCAACAUUUUCGGUAUUACUACAAAUACUUACAACCAAUUCAACAAACUACAAAUCGAUCAUGAUGAUAUCGUUAUCGUAAUGUUAACGAUCGGUGAUGUGAACGAAAACAAUUUGAAAGGUGCAACGGUUCCAAACAUGAAAAUCUUUAAAAAUAUUAUUAAAAUUCAGGAAAUAAAUCAAAGUCAGUGUAUUCAUAAUAAUGAAAAUAUUAAUAAUAAAAGUGAAGAUAAUAUAAACAAUAAUUCUAACAUAAUUUACGUAAAUGAUAAGAAUUAUCACGAUAAUAAUAUUAAAAUUAAAAAUUUCAAUAAAAAAUUAUUUUAUUUUCUAAAAGAAUUUAAUCAAAUAAAUUAUAAAUUUAAAAUAAAUUAUAUAAAUUCAGUGCCGGACAACAACAAUGACAUCAACAAUAACUACAAAAUCAACAUUCCUGCUGCAAUAAUCAACAAUAUCGAUCUGUUACAAUCAUUGGAUGAUUUCAAGUUAGAUGUCGCAUCAGCAUCACAACAACAACAACAACAGCAACAACAAGCAUAUUAUAAUAUUGAUACAAUGGAUAAUUCAAUGAUGCCAAAUUGGACUGGCUACGAACGCCAUCAGAAUGAUGGCAACAACAUGAACAUCCACACCACAAUAAGUCACCAAAAACGAAUCAACGAUAACGUCGAUAACGAUGAUGUACAAUGUUUCAUCAAUGAACACAACAUGUGGCCGGCGUUUAUGCUUUAUAAACAGCCAAUAUGCAAAAGCUUUACUCAUACAAAUAUUAAACCUAAAACAAUUUCUACAACUAUAACAACAACAACAACAAAAACUACUACUACAACAACUACUAACAUAAUGAUAACUCAAUCCGACAUGAACAAGUCUGAAUACGCUUUUAAGAAAACACUUAAUAGUUUUAAGUCAAUACUAAUGGAUAAGGAUAGUGUAAUAAUAGACAGCGAUUUAGCGAAUCAACAACGCAUAAUGAUGCAUAAUGGAAGAACAACCAACCAGCAACAACUUCAUGAGAAACCUGAUAACGAUUUACUAAAUAAAUUACAACAAUCGAUGAUUACUGACCAUAUUGAUGAGUCUGAUGAUAAUAAUAAUGAUAAAUAUAAAAAUUUACAAAAAUUAUAUAAACAAUCAGGGAUUGUAUUCGACCACAAUUUCAUUAAAUUGAUGAAUUUUAAUAAGGCAAAUGCUACAAAUAAUCUAAAACAUAAUAAUUUAAUUAAGCAAGUUAUUAGCGAUAAUAAAAAUCUUAAUACAUGUGAUAUUGACGAGAAGAAUGAUUAUUUUAACGAUGCUAAGUCUGAUGAAUACAAAAACGUAAUGAAAACAAAACAAUUUGAUGAUAAUGUCAAUAUGCUACAACCGCCGCUAAAACCAAAACUAUUUUUAUCAUCAUCCAACAAUUAUAUGCCAUUCGAUCAAUUAACAAAAAUCGUUGCUCGAGAGAAAGAACUUGUUAACAAUUACUACGAAUGCGUUGCUGUCGAUAAAACCGACACAUCAUCAACUAUGGCGUCAAAUGACCGUUGGGGUAUACCUCGUAUGAUGCGUUUGAGAGGUGGCGUUGAACAGGCCUUGAAUAAUGGCACAACCGGAUGGGGUUCGCCACCCAGCAGUAGCUCAUCGACAAAUGCUGGAUCUUGGGGACCAACAUCCAAUGCCCAACAGCCACCUGCACAACAAUGGGGAGCCACUUCUCAGCAAUCAGGCAACACAUCACAACAACAGCCGAGGCAACCUGAUCCUAAUUCAAACAAUAAAAAUCCAUCACAGCAACAACCUGGCGCACCUGCGCAACAACAAAAUGCUCAAAUGAAUCCCAACCAACAAGUCAAUGUUGCUGCAAACUCUGCACAGCAACAAGGAAAUGGAAACAAUUGGAAUACUCAAGGUCAACAACAACCUCAGCAACCAAUAGGUGGUGUUCAACCGCCGCCAAAUAACAACAGCGGUAAUCCAAUUCCCGGUGGAAAUAAUAAUAAUGUUAAUCUUGCACAAGUAGCUGGCGUUGUUGGUGGCGGUACAUCGACAGCAGCGGCCAAAAAUCAAUUAGAGCAGCUUAACACAAUGCGCGAAGCAUUGUUUAGUCAAGAUGGAUGGGGCUGCCAACAUGUCAAUCAAGAUUCGAAUUGGGAUGUUCCUGGAACACCUGAGCCAGGAAUGAAAGUUGAUCCAACUGCUCCGCCCGUUUGGAAACCAACGAUCAACAACGGAACAGAAUUGUGGGAAGCGAAUUUACGUAACGGCGGUCAGCCACCUCCAACUCCUGUUCAAAAAACUCCAUGGGGUCAUACACCAUCAACAAAUUUGGGUGGCACAUGGGGUGAAGAUGACGAUGGCAGUGAAGCCGGUAAUGUUUGGACUGGCGCUCCAUCAGCAAAUCCACCUGCACAACAAUGGGGACAACCGAGCACUGGAAUGUGGCCGGCAACACAGACUGUUGGAGCAGCAGCCGGUCCGAAAAAAGAUGGUGAUUGGUCUGGAAAUGCUGCAUCUACUGGAAACACUAAUGCUGGAAAUGUCGGAGCUGCUGGAGUAGUUGGUGCUGGAGGUUCUGGAACAGCAAAUAACUGGGGCGAUCCUCGGGAAAUGCGUUCCGGUGGAAAUCCCAUGGAUUUAAGAGUUGAUCCUCGUGAAUUACGAGCUCCCGGCGGAACUGAUCCGCGAGCAGAGGCUUGUCAACGAGAUAUGCGUAUGGUUGAUCCACGCGAACAAAUGCGAGGUGAUAUGCGUGGUGAUCCUCGUGGUAUUUCUGGCCGUUUAAAUGGCACUUCCGAAAUGUGGGGUCAACAUCAUAAUCUAACACAUGGCAGUCAGAUGCCAUUAAACAAAAUGGGUGUUGGUCCGACAGCAGGAGUUGCAUCUACAACAGGCCAAUGGGGUGGAGCAUCCCAAGUUACUGGUCCGAAAGACUUAGCAGCAAUGAACAAACCAUCCGGUUGGGAAGAACCAUCUCCACCAGCACAACGACGCAGUAUGCCUAAUUUCGAUGACGGAACGUCGUUGUGGGGUCAACAGCAAGCACAACAGUCUCAACAACCACCAUCACAACAACAGCCACGUGGUGGUCCAUCGAAUGCUCACUGGAAAGAUAUGGCUGAUCCACAGGGACGCAAUAUGAUUCGAAAUGAAAUUCGUAAUGCCGUUGGACAAAGCGGUCCAGGUGUCGGAAAUGCUUCGACUCCGCUUCCACCGUCUCGAAUCGGUCCUAGUGGCCCUAUUAAAACCGACACUCCAAUGUGGGGUCAUGCUGGAGGAGCAGGACGCGUCAAUUCUUGGGACGAAGGACACUCUACUAAUUGGGAAGAUAAGAAUGCUGGUGGCGGAAUGAACGUUGGAGCUUCUGGCGCUUGGGAUGGUUUGCCAGCAGCAUCAUGGCCGAAUAAAAACAAGCAGAUUGGUGCUGGAGGUCAAGGCUGGCAAGACUCAGACACAAAUGAAUGGAACAAUGCUGGUGUGCCAAUGCCGAAACAGCAACAACCAUACAAAUCGAAUUCUAUGUUAGAAAUACUACGAAACAGUCGACAGUAUCAAAUGAUGGUUAAUCUGGGUUUAAAGAAGGAAGACAUCGAUCUGGCCUUGCGAGCAACGAAUUUUAAUCUUGAAGAUGCAACGGAAAUGCUAAAGCAUUCCGCUGCAGGUGUCGGAAUGGAUGUUUGGAGACGUCACGAUGAUCACGCAUCUAAUGCCUUCGAUCAUCCAGGCUUUCCACCAAAGAAUCAAUAUGGUCCAACGCCAUCAAUGCCAUUCCCAAACAACAAUCCAAAUCUCCUGAACAACAUUGCCAAUGCUGGUGGCAAUCCAAUAUCUAAUGUGGGCAAUAUGCAGCCCAUUCAAGCUCAAAAGUAUCUCAAUCAAGGUGGUCAUAAUGCUGGUAAUGGCAGCAACGGAAACAGUGGCGGCGUUCAAGGUGUAUCAGGUUUCAAUCAGGGUGCUGGUCAGGGUAAUCAAGCGACUGGACAAGGAUCCACUCAGCAUCUUCGCAUGCUCGUCCAACAAAUUCAAAUGGCUGUUCAAGCCGGCUAUCUCAAUCACCAAAUAUUAAAUCAACCAUUGGCACCAACCACGUUACAUCUUCUCAAUCAGUUGUUGUCCAAUAUCAAGCAACUUCAAAUGACGACAACAAAUAUGAAUCGUGGCGGUGUCAACAGCAUUCAAAUGACGUUAACCAUAACGAAAUUGAAAUUAGCAAUUUCUAGUUUACAAAAUCAAAUUGCUGCUCAACAAGCCAUUUACGUGAAACAGCAACAGCAAGGUCAACACGGCGGUAUGGGCAAUACGGGCGGAUCCACGUCGACUUCAAAUGACUAUUUGAGAGGCGUGCAGCAUAGCGACUCGAUAAACGCAUUGCAGGGUACAUUCUCUGAAAUGUCCAUGAAUAAAUUGCAAGAGCAAGGAUUCCAAACGCCUACAACUCCACAGUCUCGACUCAAUCAAUGGAAACUACCCACAGUAGACGCUUUAAAGGAUGGCAGUGAAGUGACUGAUUUUUCACGUGCUCCUGGAACUACGGCCAAAUCGACAAUGUCUACUUCAAAUUCGACCAUUGGUUCACUUGGCCUUCAAGGCGACGGCACUUGGUCAACUGGUCGUAAUUUGAACGAUGGAUGGCCCGAUUCCACUCAAGAACAAGAAAAACAAGAUUGGCCACCAUCUCAACCAUCUCCUGCUACUGCAUUUACGGAUUUGGUACCGGAAUUUGAACCCGGAAAGCCAUGGAAGGGAUCUCAAAUUAAAACCAUUGAGGAUGAUCCUAGCAUCACACCUGGUAGUGUUGCACGCAGUCCAUUAUCUAUAGCUGCCAAAGAUGAUUUGUUCGCUCCAAGCAGCAAAACGUCGCCCACCGACUUGCCACCAUUAAGCCUAUCGUCUUCAACUUGGAGCUUCAAUCCCACGUCUGGAUCGCAGCCCAAUUUUACAAGUGCAAUUUCGAAACUCAGCUCGAAAAGUAAUAGUUGGUCAGAUGGUGCUCCACAACAAGCAACACCAACUACAUCCGAAUUAUGGGGUGCUCCAAUGAGUAAAUCAGCACGUGGACCACCGCCAGGCUUGGGUACUAAUAAGGCUGGCGGAAAUGGUUCGGCAACUGGAACCAACGGUUGGAUUGGAAGUGGUUUAACCGGUCGUAGUAUGUCCGGCUCUUCAAACUGGGCUGUCAACAACAAUGCUGGAUGGUCUUCAAAUUGGUUGUUAUUGAAGAAUCUAACGGCACAGAUUGACGGUUCAACAUUGCGCACACUAUGCAUGCAACAUGGACCCCUAUUGACGUUCCAUCUGUACUUGACCCAUGGUAUUGCAUUGUGCAAAUAUUCGACUCGGGAAGAGGCAAACAAAGCACAAAUGGCACUGAACAAUUGCGUACUCGGCAAUACGACAAUUUGUGCUGAAUCGCCCAGUGACGGUGAAGUACAAAGUAUUUUGCAACAUUUAGGUGUACCAGGUGCAUCUCAAUCACAAUCUGGUGCUGCUAGUGGAUCGGGAGGAACAGUUGGAAGUGUGUCUGGAGGACAGUCGGCUUGGCGUCAACCAACUCAAGCGACACCUUCUCGAUCAGUUGAUACAUGGGGAUCUGGAUCCGUUUGGCCGAGCGCAAAUGCAGCCAGCGGUAGUGGAAAUCUCUGGACACCAUUAGACGGAGCCACCGAACGUGGCACACCUUCCAGUUUAAAUUCAUUCCUGCCCGAAAGUUUACUCGGUAGUGAAUUAAAUUAAAUUUAAAAAGAAAACAACAAAAAAACCGAAAAGUUUGCUAAAACUUGAAUAAAAGUGAACAGCUUGAAAAAGCGAAAUUUCAAAUUAAAAACUAAGUUAGAAGGUAAACAAAAAGAAGAAAAAUUUAAAAAUGUAAUUCAUUAAGUAUGUAGCACACACACACAAUUUUUAGCAUGUAAACGUUUUUUUUUGUGAACUUUAGAAGAUAUUUUAAAAGAAAACAAUGAGAAGUAAAAUGAAACACGAAAAAUACCAAAAUUAUUUGAGAGUUAAGAAGAGAUUAUGAACUAAAGUAUAAGAAUUUUUUAAUCCAUUUAAGAAGUAUAUAUAUAUACAAGAAUAAAAAACAAACAAAAAAAUAUUAAAAAAAAACUAUAAAAAAAAGAUAAUUAAAUUUAAAACUAACUAAGUAUAAAAAUUAAUUAAUGAAGAUUAAAAAGAAAAGCAAAACAAAGUCAACACACACGUAUCAUGAGUAAUCAUUAAAAAUAUAUUUAACAAAAUAUUAAGUUACAAAAACACAUACACAGAUACAUACAUACACACACCCAGAGAGAUACACACUAAAAAACAGAACAUUAAGCUAAAAAUUAAUUGUAACAUGAAGGGUAUGCGAUUGAAAUUGCAUAAAGUUGCAUAAAACAGUGAACAGUUGUAUAAAGUUGCAAUGAACCCGUACUUUAUACGACGAAUUUUGUUUUUAAAGUAAAAGUAAAACUAAUCAGUACAUCAGUGAAAAUGUGAGUCUUUAUUAGGGUCUUGUUUUUAGUUGUAUAACACAUUUUUAAAUCGUACCUUUGAUUAACCUUUUUUUUUAUCUAAUAUGUUAAUUUUAAAACUGAAAUUUUUAAGCUAAUUAAAUGACUUUAUUUUAGACUAAUGAAUUAACUUAUAUAACUUAGAGAUUACAAUAUAAAAAAUUAUAAAGUAAAAAUGAAGAAUUAAAUAAACAAAACAAAAAAAAUUAGUAAAAUCACAAUGCAAAAAAAUGAUUUGUGAAUUUUAUUUGAAUAUUUAACUAAGAAAUCAGUAUGACUUUAAUAAAAUGAAAUAUGACGGUUUUUAUGAAACAGUGUUAUUGAAUAAGAGAUGAAGAAGAGGAAGUAAAACACAAAAUUGAAAUCAGUUUUUUUUACGUGGCAUAAAUACGAAAAUAAAAUUAGUUAAAUAGCCGUAAAAAGAUUGAUGAUUAAAACUAAAAAAAGAACUAAAAUAAAAAUUGUUUCCCAUCCCAUCGUCGCUUUAAUUGAAUGUGAGUCUUUGUUUCUUUCGUUUUAAAAAACAUAUUUUUUAUUAAUAAAAAAAAAAUUGAAUAAAAAGCCAUUCGGUUGAUUUGAUUACGAUUAAAGUUUCUUUUUACCAUAAAUAAAAAAAAAUAAUUGUUGUGAUAAUUGAGCUAAAAAAAAAUAAAUAAAUGAAGUGACGAAGAAAAUCGAAUACUAAAAAACAAAAAAAAAACAAAAUGUUUUCGUAAUCACAUUACAUGAAAUUUUUUCACGAAAAAGAAUAUUUAAAAAGAAGUAAAAACUGAAAAGUAGAAACAAAAAUUCUCUAUCCAUUAAAAGUCCAUGUAAAAUGAACUGCACUGAUAUAUAUCGAAAACGGAAGUAACACUACCUUUCUACCUGAUGUAAAGAUGAAAAUAGUGAUUUAUAAACACUUAGUCAAUUUAUUUAAUUUUUAUUAUUUACGAUUUUUUUUUGUUUUUAAAUUUUGUUGUUUUUUCCAUUUUCUAUCCAUUCAUUUUAGUGUGUAGUUUCGUAACGCUCUUAUCCAGGAAUAGGAUAACAUUUAUUUAACAAAAAAAAAAGACUUCAAAAAGAAAAGAGCUGAUUUUGAUCAAUGACACCUUGUCUAAUCACAUCGUGUGCGCCAGAUAAAAACACAGAACUGAAUCUAUGCCAUAAUUUCACUAUAUAACCAUCAACCCAGUUAAAUAAAAAAAAUCCUCAAAAACAUUUCUGAAUAUCAUUCUACUGUAUGCUGAGCGCCAAUAUAUUUGAAAUUGUUCAUCAUCCCAAAAAUGUAUACCAAGUAAACUAGAGUUGUGGUAGAAUGGUAACGAAGAGAAGAACAGGUCUGUUUUUGGAUACAAAAAAAACCUUUUGUUUUAUGUUACACUAUCAAAAUGGCGGGAAUAUUUGAAAUGGUGCUUUAAAUAUUUUUGUGAUAAUUCCCUCAUUUUUUUCCCACAAUUCCGUUAAAUGUUUUUUUUUGUUACAAUUUUUACCACACCUAUUCCGACGAACAAGAUAAAAACUAAAUUGAUCUCCUCCACCGAUAAUUUUAUAUCAAUAAUCUAACUCACCUAUGACCUUUCUGUAUUUUGAUUCGUUUUGAAAGAGUGUUGCUCCGGAAAGAAACAAUCUCGAAAGCCACAAUCACAGUUUGUUGUUCAAUUGAAAAUAUUUGGCCCGAACAUACGAAUUCCAUGUUACUGGACCCAUCACAGUUGAGUAUCGUUUCUUAUUGAUUUUUAGUGCCUUAAAACGGUUGAUUAACGAACGAAGUCGGUAGCUUCUAGCUUCUUUUACAGAAUUUAUUGCUUUAAUAUGCAUUUUAUUGAAUAAAAAAAAGGUCCUAAUCCGGUUCCCAUGACAGUGUCAAUCAGUUGUCAGUUCAGGCAGUCAUACCAUUUUUAUAAUACCAGAGACACUUUUCCAUUGCAUUUAUGAUAACAAAUGAAUGGUUUACUUACACGGGAGAUUAUGUGAUGUGUUUCAGCGGAAAUGUUUAGAUGGACAGAAGUGCAUUCGGUGGCUGUUAUAUCUCGGCGCACACGUAUUGGAAUUUAAAUCAAAGAAAACGUAAGAAUUAAGAUUGGAUGUCUUCCAAACUUGCAACACGAAUUUACUGUAGCAUUUAUUUGUAUACGGUCAAGUUACUUCCCGUAAAAAGACAUUACCUAGAAGCAUAUUAAACAACUUGACUGUAGGUGUAUACGCUUAAGCUGUUCGAUAACAGUAUAGUGGUUACAUAGAUCUUAUCACCAUUUAAUCAAAAAAACGAAAAACAAAAAUUUCAGCCAAUUUAUCUCGUGACUCAUUGAAUGUGCCAAAAUUUUAUUUUCUUUUUUUUAAAACGCUAAAAUGAUCUAUUGCUAACACAACCAUUUUUCAAAUCAUUUUCAGCUCUUUUUCCAAACCCAAUUUUACUCUAAUGUUUUGCCUAAAUCAACAUUCGAUUUUAAAUGACGAUAUUUCCAUGGUAACUAAGAGCUAGUCAAAGAAUACAAUUUUAAUUCACACUGAAAAAGAAAGAAAGAAGAAAAAAUUGUCGUUGUGUUGUGGUAUCCUAGUCCAUUCAAAUAUUUUCUUAUGCUUCCUUCUCGCGCACUUUCGAAGAGAGCGUUACACAUUACAAUUUGUCUUAAAUAUUUAUAUAUUUUUUCGCAUGACAACGCAUGAAAGUUGAACGAGUUAACUAUCUCAAAAACAAAAGAAUGAAAAAAAAAAAUGAUUUUGUUUGAUUUUUUUGUUUAAUAUUUUGAUUUUAUUUUUGAUUUUCUGUUUCGUUUUUUUGUUCUUAUUUUUCAUUUUGGUUCUCUCAUCUCAUUACUCCGAAAUUUUGAAUACCAAAACACCAACCUAAUCAAUGUGACAUCCACAACAAUGAAUUUUCCUUGAAAAAAAUAAUGUAUUUUUGGAGAAAUGAAAAAAGUUCGAAAAUAUUUUCAAAAAUAAGAAGAGAAAAAAAUACACAAAUAAUGUUGACCAAUUGUGAUACGUUCGGUUUGUGAUUUUCUUUACAAAAGGAAUACAUACCAACGCCCAAAGCCUUCUUUAAAUUUGUAAUUUUAGUCAAAUAAAAAAAAAAUUAAAAAAAUUAAUUAGUUAAGUCAAAAAAUAAGAAAAAUAAAAAUAAAAUGGCAACAGUGUAUUUUAUGGAGCAAACAAAAAUAAAGUAAAAGGAAAAUGCUAUUGAUAUACACAACAUUUGUGAUGAGGUUAUAAGUUGGUUUGGUUGGAUGCGAUAUUUAUUUUGCAAACAAAAAUGGAAAAUGAACUAUGUUGAGCUAUGAAUAACCAUAAAUUAUUAAUAAAUAGUAAAAUCAUCGUCGUAACCAAAUAAAUAAAUGAAAAAAAAAUUAUCAAAAUAAGAAAUGAAUGUAAAAAACACAGCAAAACAUUUUCGUUUUUAAAUGUCUUUUUAACUUAAACUGCAAAGAAAUAAUAAAAAAACUUAAAAAAAUAAAUAAAAAUUAAAAUGGAAAAGAAAAUCUAAAAAAUAGAUGUUUGUGCCUAUUUGUUUGUUGUUACAAAAAUAAAAUUAAAUAAAAAAAAAAUUAUAAAAUUAAUAAGAUAAUCCACGCACACUGAACGUAUAAAAAGUAAAAAAAAGAAUGAUGAAGAAGAAAAGUAAAAAACAAUACGCAGACAACGUAUAAGACAAACAAAAAAUAUGAUGAAUGAAUAUUAUUAAACAAAAAUAUAAAAAAAAUAUUAAAAUUAAGAUUACUUAACAAUACAAAUGGCUAAAUCAAAUACACAAUUUUUCUGUAAAUUUGAGGGUGAUUUUUAUUUAAAAAAGAUUAUUAUUAUUUUAUUUCAAAUGUUUCAUCUAAACAAAAACAUUAAUUAGACUCGACAAUUCCACACACGGUCGUCAGAUGCAAGUUCCUUCCGAUUACAACUCGAUUUCUCAACAUUUAUUUCCGACAUUAUUUUUGGAUGAUCGUCUUCACAAUGGACACUCGAAGAAAAUCGAACAAAGCGCACACCUCAUUUCUGGCAAUUUUCGAUACGGAUUGCAUGUUUCGUUAAUUAAACGGGAAUGUAUCGGCGAUAAAUUGAAGAGGAGAAUUUAAUUUUUACUUUCUUUGAUUUAAGAAAAUGACAUCCAGUGAUUUUAAUAUUUUUGUUUCCACUUUCUAAUUAGCCGUAAGAGAAUUGCCAAACACCCACACAAUCGAGUCGUGAGGUACACCUACUUCCCAUUGACAUUGUAUGUAGCAUUCAGUAAUCAGUAAGCCUUCGUGUUUCCAGUUGGAUCAGUUGAAUUUUGUGUAAGAAUAAAUCGGUGUACCCGAUUUCUCCGUCAAUAUUCGUUACGUUUUUACUGCUACUUCUGCUACCCCCCACCUGUGAUUGAUUCGUUACUUUAUAAAAUAUAUUCUACUUACAUAAACGGCGAUCGAUAAUUAUCUGAAAAAAGUACUUCAUCGCUUGCCAGCUUAGUUAAAUAUUAUCUUGCCUUGCCGUCCGGCUUAUCUAGCGAAACAAAAAGGAUAACUGCAAAGCAUCACGUCAUUCCUAAAGUAAAUGUAACUUAAAUCAUAAAAUAUUUUGAUUUUGAUGACAGUUAUAACAAUGACAACCAUAAAAAUAUGAUAGACAUGUCCCGACGAAUACUACCUUAGAGCAAUUUAUCAGAAAAAUAUUUUGCUGCGAACUAUGUGAACCCUUAUAAUGACAACGUAAUUAUUACCUAAAACAAAGUUAAACGGAAGUGAUGCAUGUUUCACUUCGUUCGGUGGGUUAUUUUAAUUUGUUAAACAUCUACAUUCGAAGCGAAACUGUUAUUUUCUUGUCUAGAAAUAUUUAAAGAUAUUUGAUUUAUUAUUCUGAGUUGUCAAUUUAGUCUAAGCAAUAAUUUGAUUUUAUUCAAAUGUUCUCCUCAGCUAUCCGGUGAUUCUGUUGCUUAGUAUGAUUACUAGGAUACUUCCAGAGAAUUAUGUACCCAUAAGACAGUAAUGAGGUCACACUUAGUAUUAAAUUGCCCCAACCAGAGACCUAUUAGAAACGGCUAGCUAUUGUGUUAGCGUACGCUGAUAUGACAUAAUAAACUGUUGCAACUCAUGAAGUACAACAUUUUGUAUCAAACUCUAGCUAAUACUUAAAAACGGAAACCGAUUUAAUGAUCGCAUCACGCUUGCUGUUUGAUCAAUUUCCUUUAACUGAUUCUCAAAUUGAUAAUGCAAUCAAUCGUGUUUUGCUACUCGAAACACAAAAAAUAAAAUUUGAACUGCGCCCACACAUAGAUUCUCUCCACCUGAUUAUGGUUCCUAUAAGAAAAAAAAAACAUUUUGCUCAUCGUUGAACAAAAAUGUGUCAUUUUGCUCCGUUAGUCUUGAUAAAAAUGUGAUAAAUGUAACAAAAAAAAAAAAAAUGAUUGAGAUCAGCAUAACAUUUUCAUCCUUACAUUUUCGAUCAUUUAUUUGGUAAAAUAUAAAUCAAAUUUAUUCCAGACAAGUAUGAAGUCGAAGAAUUCCCCAGUGGUAAUGCUAAAUCUACGAAAAUAAGGCCUAUUUCCUAAGAGACUUAAUUAUUCAAAGAAGAAAGUUUUUUUUGGUUGUUGCUAAAACUGAGAUCUACAAAGUAAAAGGUCACGAAUUAUUAAAUAAAAUCUUACUUUCAGAGUCGAGAUUUCACUAUACUGAUUAAACGAUUAGAUGUUAUAGAUCUCUUUGUCAUUAAAAAAGAAAAAAAAGAAAAUUUUACAUGGAAGAUAUAUGGUAGAUGGACAAGGGUACUUUAUGAUUUAGGUAAACAAAAAACAUGAAAAAAAAGUCUUAUUGUAUGUAGCACAAUGAAAAUAUAGUAUGUGUCGGUUAAUGUGUUCAGUGCAUUAAUUACUAUGCAUUCGAAAUGCUUAAACAAUUAAAUAAAUUUUAAUGAAAAAUAAAAAUGGAAACGUGGAAAAUAAAAUUAAUGAAAAAGAGAAAAUAAUAAAAACAAUAAAUUCAAAGUGCAAUAUUAUGAUGAACGAAACUGAACCAUAAUUAAAAUAAACAAAAAAAAAUAUGAAAAUGAAAAAUAUUAUUAUAUCAUGUAUUUAUGUUGAUAGGCAAAUUAUUAAUUGAAAUAUAUUUUCCUAUCUGUGUAAUGCUCGUUUAUUUUAAUCUAUUUACUACAAAAAAUAAAUAGAAAAACACUUUACUAAGACUUAUUGACAUCUUUAAUGAAUAUAAACAUGAGAAAUUUAAAAAGUAAAAAAUGAUGAUGAUGAAGGGGAAGAGGAAAAAUUAUACACAAAAUCGAUAAGGUAAAAGAAUUAAUAUUUUUAAAAUGCGUAAAAAAGAAAUAAGAAAAAAAAAUAUUAAAAAAAUUACACAGUGGACGUAAAUAAAAAAACGCCUUUUUGAAACGCUUAUUCACCCAUAAUAAUUAUAAAUUAAAUGAAAAUGAUAACAAACAAUAACAAACAAAAAAAAUCGAAUGAUUUGUAUCCGUUUAUUUUUUAAACAUAAAAUAAUAAUGAAAGUAAAAAAAAAUGAAAAUGAAGAUAAAAUUUUGUAGAUGUUAGCAAACAAAAACGUGUAGCAAUGGAAUGAACAGACAAAACAAACAAACAAAAAUAUUACAUUAAAAACAAAAUAAAUCUUUAAAAAGUAAAUACAAAAACAAAUAAAAAUAAUAAAAUUCGAUGAAACAAAAAAUAAUAUGAAUGUUAACUGUAAUUGAAUUAUAAAAAUUCAGUGGUUCAUAGAAUUGCUGAGUCAGUGAUUUUUUUUUAAGAUGUUAAGCUUUGUAUUCAAUGUCUUUGGAAUUUAAUUUUUAAUUUAAUGUAACGCACACCAAUAAAAAAAAAAAACAAAACAAAAUUAUUAUCAAUUCGAAAUUACAAGUGCUAACUCAUGCGUACCUUUUUGCUGAUUUUUUUUAAUUGAUAAGAGAAAUUACUACACCUUGCACUCAUACGUCAAAACAGCAAAUGUCCGUUACAUACUUUGUUCUUACCAUUCACGAGACCAUUUACGAUUUAAGGAUACCAUAUACAAAAACAAAAUCUCAAUUCAAAAAAAUUUACUGCAUUUUCGCUCUCUGUUUUCCCAUUCAUAGAAUAGACUGUCAAAGUUACAUUAUCGGAGAUAUACUUUGAAGCCAUUCAAGUCAUUGCGUUCCAAUAUUCACAAAAUUCUUUGAUGGUAAAACGGAAUCAUUUUUCAGAAUUUCUUGCUUCAGAUUUUUCAUUGAAAGGGUAGUCGGACUUCGCAACCUACAGUUCGUUUUACCUUUAUUUUGUCUCCGUUUUUUGACACCGUUGACUGUAAUGCCUAUCAGAAUACUGAUAUAGUACUAAAUGGACAACAAUUAAGAGCAUAUAGGCCAUAAAUCCAUUCAGUUUGACCUCAUUUUUAUUGUUCAUUCGAAGCUGGUAUCCUUUAAUACGUUAAAAAAAUCUUUAAGUAAUGGACAUGGCGAAAAAAAGGCUAAAGAUAGCAACUGAAAUGAAAGAAAAUUUCUUUUUCUAAUUCAGCCCUAUUACAUCAUGAAUUUUAUUAUACUCCAGCUAUUGAAUCUAACGAAUUUCACUAAGAGACGUUUUUUUUGCCAAGAAAAACAAAACAAAACAUGUUCCCGGUAGUUCCCGGUAAUUGAUAUAAAUCUAGACAAAUGGAAAAGAUCACAAUUAAAAACAGUGAAAGUGAAACAGCUCACCCCGAUCAAUUGAAUAUAAAAUUAUAUAUUUAUAUAUAAAG